AAGAACUGAAACAUUUUCUCAGAUCUGUGUUUCCAGUCCGGAGGAUUUUGGUAGUUGCUUAAAAGGAAACGGAAGUAGUUGCUUGUAGCGUUGUGGUUUGUUGUGUUCUGGACAGGCGGCGCCGGUUCUCUGGUUCUAAAUGCGUUCUCCGGGCGUACUGACUGAUUGGGUUUGAUAGGGGGAGAGCUGAGGAAGGUUGGGGAAACGGCGGCAGUGACCCUUAUACCCCCACCUACUUUUGGAAGCAAAUUGAACCCGAGGUAGCCAAAAUGAGCUCUGAUCGCCGAAAGGAGCACAAAGAUGAUGCGGAGUCCCAGUUGGACGGGCCCAGCGACGGAGGUUCUGCAGGGGAUCCCGACGGUGAUCUUUACCAGGCAGAGGGAUCUUUGAGUCCGGGCACGACAUCAGAUCAGCCGCAGCAACGUCCCACAGGCGGGUCUGACAAAAGCAGCAUCGAUACAGGGCUAAUCAACUCCACAGCCAAGCAGCCGCUCAGCAGCGGGAAUAACGUGUUCUGGUGGCUGAGAGAAAGGUGUUUAGGCAGAGGAGUUGUUGUUGACCCGUUCCGGGAAAACUUCAGGAUAAUGACCAGCUUAUAUAGCUCAAUGAACCCGGCUGAUUCGGUGAAUCUGAGCACCAGAACCCAUGGAGCUGUGUUUAACUUGGAGUACUCGCCAGAUGGGUCUGUGCUGGCUGUUGCCUGUGAGCAAACUGAAGUCCUCUUGUUUGACCCAAUAUCCUCAAGGCACAUCAAGACUCUGGUUGAGGCUCACGAGGACUGUGUGAACAACAUCAGGUUCCUUGAUAACAGGCUCUUUGCAACCUGCUCUGACGACACCACCAUAGCACUAUGGGACUUACGGAAGUUGAAUUCCAAAGUGUGUACAUUACACGGCCACACCAGCUGGGUAAAGAAUAUUGAAUAUGACACUAACACGAGGCUACUAGUGACAUCAGGAUUUGAUGGCAAUGUAAUAACGUGGGACACAAACAGGUUCACUGAAGAUGGUUGCCCACACAAGAAGUUUUUUCACACUCGUUAUCUAAUGAGGAUGCGGUUGACACCUGACUGCUCGAAAAUGCUCAUCUCUACUUCUUCUGGCUACCUGCUCAUUCUCCACGACCUCGAUCUGACCCAGUCACUGGAGGUGGGCAGCUACCGCAUUCUGAGAGCCAGGAGGACCACGGCAAGUCCAGACAGUGCAACCUCUGGCUCUCCCAGACGUGGCAAUGAUUCCCGUCCAGCUUCAAACAAGCUAUUCUCACCGGCUUCACAGAGGGAAGGGGGGUCGCCUCGAAACAGCCUGGAAGUCGUGACUCCUGAGAUUCCAGGAGAGAGGGACCGAGGCAACUGUAUCACUUCUCUGCAGCUUCACCCUAAGGGACUGGCCACCCUUAUACGCUGCUCAAGCAACACAGAUGACCAGGAGUGGACAUGUGUAUAUGAAUUCCAGGAAGGUGCCCCUGUGCGAGCGGUCUCCCCUCGCUGCUCUCUCAAGCUGACACACUACAUUGAGGAGGCCAACGUGGGCCGGGGUUACAUCAAGGAACUGUGCUUCAGCCCCGACGGACGUCUUAUCUGCUCUCCCUAUGGCUACGGGAUCCGCCUGAUGGCCUUUGACGACCAGUGCAGUGAGCUGGUAGACUGUCUGCCCAAGGAAUCCAGCUGUCUGAAGGAGAUUCGGUCCAUCUACUCACACAGUGACGUAGUCCUCACCACCAAGUUCUCUCCCACACACUGCCAGCUCGCCUCCGGGUGCCUUAGCGGACGUGUAUCCCUCUACCAGCCAAAGUUUUAGCCUCCCUCUCCCAAAACGCCUCUUGUAAAGAUGUUCACUCUCAUGCUUGGCACUACUCUUAUUAUGAUUUAACUUUUUUUUCCACUUACUUCCUAACCAAGUUAUUCAGUCCCCUGUCUUGUUUUUCUGAAGCUAUAUUUCAGGCACAGCUCUCUUCUCCUUUUUUUCUGCAGCUUUUUGUGUGACUCGGCACUUUAAUACAAAAAAGGCAACAAAAGUUAAUGUAUGCCAAAAGUUCAGGAGGAGCUUUUGUCCUGACUUCUGGUUUGUAAAAGAUAAGGUUGUCAUUUUUUUUUUAUUAGUGAUUGAUUAAUUGAUUGUUUUUUGGAGAGGGUGGGGAAUUGUAGCACCUUGAUAUAGAGGGGAGAGCAAAAGUGUGAUAUGAGGAAAUCACACUGGUGCAUUUAAUGCAGAGGAUGAUUGAAUUGUUCUGUUCACACUAGAUGUUUAUUCAUAAGUUCAAACAAUCAUAACAUUUGAGGUAAAAUACAGUUUCUUACCUCACUCCAAAGGCUGAGGACAUUUCACAGUAUGUAAGUUUAGCUCAAUCCUUAAUUCCCUUUGUGGUAAGACUUUGGACUAUCGAUCGUUUGGCCUUUGGUUGUGACUUCUACAAUGGCCAAUAUUUUUAUCAAAGUACUCAUCUUCUGUUAUACUCUCUGUACAGUAUGUAAUAUAAUUUCCUGUCUGUUGAAAGAAAUCUGAGCCAUGAGAGGGAGUAAGUGGAAGCAUCAGAAGUAGUAGAGCAGACAUGUUCACAUUUUUAUAAAAGCUUUUCAAACCGGCAAGUUGUCAACAAUUCUUCUGCAUAGAUGUCAGCAGCCUGAAAAUCCAUCCCGAAGCCACUGCUGACUCUACACAAAGUGUUCUGCAAAGACUGGUUCUGCUUUCUCAAGACUGUUUUGGAGCAUAUUUGUUAUUUCUGAGAAAAUAAAAUGGGGGAGGGUUCACAAUCAUAUUUUACCCGUCAUAGGAAUGGCAGUACCCACUGUUAUAUAUUAUAAGGAAGCUUAGCACUCAUUUUACAGUGUCACAAUAUUCCUCUUCUCAAAGUAUUGUGCUUUGUGCUUCUUGCUUUGAAGUUGAUUUAAACUGUUAGUAUGACACCAAUGUAUUUUUUUUAAGCACUGCUGGUAAGUAGUUAUCUAAAAAUAAUAUUUUUAAGCUGUAAACAUACUAAUGUUUAUCUUACACCAACAUAUCAUUUUUUUUUUCACUUGUGUACUUGCAAUUGAAUGAGGCCUCUCUGGACUCUUACGGCUGGUUUUUACAGACCUCGAUUAGCGUUAAUCUUGGACUACGUGACCUACUGUAACAUUAGAUAGUCCAAGAUUAGUUUUAAUCAGGGUCUGUGAAACCAGCCAUUAAAAUGACAAUUGAAUACCUAGACCAACCCUUAUUAACACAAGUUAUAGAAGUGUUUUCGUAAAUGAGUGUGUUGCCUAUUUGUGUUUUAAAUGGGCUGAGUUAUGUUAAAGAUUAAUAAAUGUACAAGGAAGGCAAAAUAC